GGAGGCCAGGUGUACAUCGCGAACCUUACCUGGUGGACCACUGACUUGGAGGUGGAGAGCGUCUGCACCUCCUUCGGCCCAGUCAACGGUCUGCAGUUCGUAGAGGACCGGGCGACUGGCCGCUCCAGGGGAGCUGUGCUUGUGGAAUUCACCGACCCCGAGGCGGCGGCGCGUUGCAAGGAGCAGCUGUCAGGGUAA